AUUGUUGGAAAUUAAAUUAUGUUAAGCCUUUCAUACCAAACGCUGCAUUGAAGUACAGAAAAUCCAGUAAAAGAAAAUAAAAUUAUACGGAGGAGUAAGGUUGUCCACAAAGGUAGGAAGUAGUGUGACUUGAGGUUGUGAAAAGACGCGGGAAUAUGGCGGAGAUUUGGUUGGGUCCCCGUCCCUGUAACACUACUACUCACACGCUACUCCUCCCUUUCUCAUUUCCUUUCAUUUCCAUGGCUGCUCCUCUCUACCUUCCCUCCUCAAAACCCACCCACUGUCGUUCCUCUUCGUCUUCUAAUCCCAACCCUGGGCCCUCCCAGCCCUCUUUGCUCGUAUUCUCAGGUGGUACUGCCUUCAAUGGCGUCGUUGAAGACCUCAAGACUUUUACCACUCGUGUCGCUCAUGUUCUUCCUGUUUCUGAUGAUGGAGGAAGUACGGCUGAGAUUGUUCGCGUCCUCGGUGGCCCUGCGGUUGGUGAUAUCCGGUCAAGAUGUUUGAGGCUGUCUGAUGAGAGUACUUCUGAGGCACUUGCUGUCCGGAGACUCCUUGGUCAUCGUUUAACGCUCGAUCCGCGCCAAGCCAAAUGCGAAUGGUAUAAUAUUGUUGAAGGCGAACACUCUUUGUGGAGAGGUGUAUCGAAACCUUACAGGGAAACAAUACGUGCAUUUUUGGUUUAUUUUCAGAACCAGAUUCUUCGACGAGCUGAUGAUUCAUUUUGUUUUAGCAAUGGCAGCAUUGGCAAUUUCUUUUUCGCAGGAGCGCGUAUAUUUUUUCAGUCUUUAGAUGCUGCAAUAUUUUUGUUCUCACGUGUUUCAGAUAUCCCUUCUGAAAGUUUGGUCCUCCCAGUGAUUUCAAGCAACGACAGGCUGACAUUAGGAUGUGAAUUAAUGGAUGGGACUGUCAUACGGGGUCAGAAUGCAAUUUCUCAUCCAACCAACGGAUCUAUGGAACCUAUCAACAAGGUCAGAUCUUUAGUUCCAGAACUUUCUUCAAGAAUAAAGAGGGUGUUCUACAUGUCAAGUGAGGGUCAAAAUUUACUGCAUGAGGUCUUCCCUGCAGCAAACCAGGCCGUCCUCGAGCAGUUGAGGAAUGUGGAUUGCAUUGUUUAUGCUAUGGGAUCUCUUUUUACGUCUAUCUGUCCAUCACUGGUAUUAAUUGGCAUUGGGGAGAUUAUAUCUUCAAGGUCCUGUCCUAAGGUACUUCUACUAAAUGGCACUCAUGAUCGUGAAACGAGUGGUUUUUCAGCGUCUUGCUUUGUAACUGCUAUUACAGAUGCACUAAAUCGAACGCACGGAGAUCGUCAACAUUGUAUAAAAAACCUUCCAGGACAAUACAUCAAUACCCUUUUGGUUCCCAAGGAUGGUGAAAUUCCUGUAAACGCUCAAACCUUGGCUGCUCAAGGAAUAUUUGAUGUGAUCUAUGUGAAUUCCGUACGUGACCCAAAAGUUGGUGUUCUAUUCGACCCAAAGUCCUUAAUAGAGGCGCUUGCAGAAGUGACAGGAAAAUACAUGUGCGAAAACGUUGCAGUGACUUAAAUGUCAAUGGGGGGAAUGGCAAGCAUGGUGAUUACAAGAGACUAAGUCUUGGUUCGUGAACCCUCAGCCAGGCCUACUGGCUCUCCUUGCGCUUAGGCGUGGCUUGGUUGGGGUCUGUGGUUUCGCUACUGUGAUUGGGUUUUGCUACUGCGAUUGGAUUUUGCUAUCGCGAUUAAGUUUUUGCUACUGUAGUUAGUCUUGUUUUUAUGACAUGGUUGAGUAUCUUUUGUUUAACUUAUUGCGAUUAGUCUUGUUUUUGUGACAUGAUUUUUUUUUUUUGGUUUGUGUUCUUUGUUCUUUGAUGGCUCAGCAUCAAAUUGUUGUUGGUUGUUGAGAAUAACAAACACUGUGCGGUUGAAGGGGUUAGUGGUGCAAUUGUGCAUCUUGCAUAAUAAUUGAUUGUUCAAGCUAAGGGGUUGAGUGAACCUGCUGCAACAGUUUCUACUGUUGUGUAUUUUGAAUAGUGGAAGCAAAUGGAUAUAGGUGUUUUGAAGGU